AUGAGGGUUUUCAAUAAAAUUGUAAAAGGCAAGAUGAUGGGUAAAUAAUAAAAACGUAAUAAUUUUUUGAUAUAUCUCUUUAUAGAAAUAAAUUUAUUGAGAUUCUAAGUAGUUCAGAUAUAAUAACUAAUUUGGAAUAAAUCAAUCAUCUAUAAUAGUUAGGGAUUUACAGUAAUGGUUUUAAGAGGGUUGGAAGAUAGGUUCCAAUUUGGAAAGGCUCCGCAUUAUGAGAUUUUGGAGGAUGAUAUAGUAAUUGAAAUAAAUUAGGCUAAAAAUAUACACAGGAUGGAAAAAAGUUGGGAAACAGAAAGAAUUAUUCAAAACUUUUUCAGAGUAAUUUAGGCUUUUAGUGUGGAAAUGCUUAAGAAUAUAAAGUUGGAGAUUACUAUGAUGAUAUAAAAACAGGAGAUAAGUUAAUGUGAUGAUUGAGGAUU